CAUUAUAUAAAACACUCAGAAAAGCAAUAAAAGAAAUUAGCAGAAUUUUGGGGGUUGGGGGGCUGGUAAAUGCCACCGCGGCGGCCGGCGGGAAGUUGAUUCACCGAUCCUCUUCACACAAAAUACAAAGAGAAAUUCAGAAAGUCAAAACUCCAUUCCAGUCCCAAUCUCCGACCUAGUCUUCUUCCCAGCUUCGCAAAGAAAAAAUUAAAAUAAAAUUAUUCUCUCUCCGCGCAGACAUUUGCCAUAAAUCAAACUCUUCAACACCCAAUUUGAUCAAACCCAUCGAUUCCUUCUCCUCUACACCUCUGGAUUUUGCCCUGUUUUUGACUAAGAAAUGGUCGGCCAUGGCAAUCACAGGCUGAAACUCUCCAUCUUCCACCACCGAUCUUCCUCAGAUUCCAAACCCGAACGCCCAAAAGAGUAUCCCGAAGAGUACCUCUGUGCAAUUUCCAAGUCUUUAAUGGCGGACCCAGUUGUCGUCUCCUCUGGUCAGACCUUCGAGCGUCUCUCUGUUCAAGUUUGUCAAGAUUUGGGGUUUUCACCUGAGCUUGAAGAAGAUGGUUCAAGGCCGGAUUUCUCCUCUGUUAUUACCAACAGAAACAUGAGAUCCACCAUUCUCAAAUGGUGCGAUAACAACGGAAUCGAACAUCCACAACCACCUGAUUACAGUUCGAUUGAACUCAUCGUUCGUCAAUUAAUGGAGAAGGAGAGGAGGAAGAAUCGAUUCGAAGCUUCUGAUAGCGAGUUGAUUCGAGGCGUCGCCGACAAACCGCAGGGAGUAGCGGUUCAUGCGACCACCGAGGUUGGGCGACGACUCAACCGAUUUCAACUCAACUCGCCGCCGCAGACGGAGGAGAUUGUACGGGAAAGUACUCUUUUGCCAUUCAAAACACAGCCCUCUAGUUAUGCUGCUCAUUCUUCUUCUUCUUCACAUGGAAGCUUCGACAGAGAGAGAGAUCCUAAUCACAGAGGAUAUUCUGAUUCGUAUUCCCCAAAUUCAGAAGAAGAAUCUCGACUCAUUUUGAAAUUCAAAAGCAGCGACGAAUACGAGCAACGAGAAGGAGUGAUUUCCCUAAGAAAAUUAACCAAAUCCAACGAAUCGAUUAGGGGUUCUUUAUGCACAAAGGAAUUCCUUGCCGCUCUACUUCCUCUAGUUUUGUCCCGAUCUGCAAAUAUCCAGAUCAACGCAGUAGCUUCCGUCGUAAAUCUCUCUCUCGAGAAACCGAACAAAUUGAAGAUCGUACGGGCAGGAUUUGUUCCGCCAUUAAUCGAUGUUUUAGACGGCGGAAACACCGAAUCUCAAGAACACGCCGCCGGUGCUCUGUUCAGUUUAUCGUCAGACGACGAGAACAAAAUGGCGAUUGGAAUUCUCGGCGCGUUACCGGUGCUGAUGAAUACACUCCGAUCUGACAGCGAGAGAACGAGGAACGAUUCAGCUCUUUGUCUGUACCAUUUGACACUAAACCCUAGCAACCGAGUCAAACUGGUUAAACUCGGCGCCGUUCCGAUUUUGCUGUCGUUGACGAGAAUCGAAGGCUUUACGAGCCGGAUACUGCUGAUUCUGUGCAAUAUCGCGGUGUCUGUGGACGGGAGAUCGGCGAUGCUGGAUGCGAAUGCGGUGGGUUGUUUGGUGGAGAUAUUGAAGGACAAGGACAUGGAUUCCGAGUCGACUCGGGAGAAUUGUGUGGUGGCGCUUUACGCACUGAGUCAAGGAGGAUUCCGAUUCAGAGGAUUAGCGAAGGAGGCCGGCGCGGUGGAGGUUCUGAGAGAGGUUGAAGGAAGAGGAAGCGAGAGGGCGAGGGAGAAGGCCAGGAGGAUUUUGCAGAUGAUGAGAACCGGCGGCAGCGGUUCGGUCGAGAUCGAUGGCGUCGUCCGACAUGGGCUCAAUACCGGUGGAGUGAGCUGGACCGGUGGGGUUGGUGCCGGCUUGAACCGGUACUCUACAAAUACCACGAAGUUUUGAUUUUGAUUUUUUGUUUUUUCCUUUUCCUUCUUUGAAAGUGAAUUUUAUUUUUAGGACUUAGUUAUUGUAUAGUUUAUUUAUUGAUGUCUAAAAGAAGAAAAAGAAAGAAAGUGAUUUGUCGAUCAUAACAUAUAGUAGAAAAGGGACGUAACAUUGCUAAAUUCAAAUUUUAAAAAGUGGAUGACAUUUGAUAAUAA